GCCGAUUCGGAUGUUGAGGAGGCGGCUAAGGAGCCGGAAGGCGUUGUUGAGCAUGAGAGCGAGAAAAUGCGCAUCGAUGAAAAGGAUCGCGGCGGUUUGCAACGUAAUCCCAAAAGUCUACUGCCAAUGCCCGUUGAAGACUCAUCAAUGCGCCGCUCGUGCUCGCUCAGCGACUUGCAUAUGGGAAUUAGCGGCAACAUGGGUAAAUCUGGUAAAUCCAAUGGUAGUCAAUUGAAAAAUCCAGGCGUUGUUUAUCGUAAUAGCACAGCGACAAGGUCUGCGAGCAAGCGCAAUAGUCUACAACUGAAAAGCUCGACUGGUUUGGGUGCAUCGAGUUCAUCGAUUGGUGUACUAAAUCAAGCGAGUGAUUCUGAAAAUGAGGACAACAAUCGUGGUCGCAGUAGCGGAAGUAACUCAAAUCGUACUAAUGGACCUACCGUCGCCAAUCGUCAGUAUGCAAACAAGAAUUCUAACACAAAUAACAAUCGGCGAAAAGGUUUACAGCCGAAUUUCAGCAAUGCCGCUCCACUGCAAGACGAUUCCAGCUCCGAAGAGACGCCCGGCGGUUCGUCCAACUCCAAACCAAUAGUGCCACCACGCUCGCGUAAUUUAACUUUCGAUCAUAAAAGCAAAGUGCUCAACAGUCCAAAUGUAAUGAAGCAACGUGGCGUAUUUGAAGCGCCUGAAUUUGGCGCACUAGAAAGUUCUGAUCCGAAAUCACAAGUGCACAACGUGAUUAACAAUUUAUAUACAACAACACAAACGGUCAUGCAACUGCAUGCGAAUCUAAAGAAUUGUGAGGAUUCAUUAAUGUUAAAGGAACUGGAGAAUGCUGUGAUUAUGACGCAAAAUAUGUUAACAAACAUUACACAAAAUAAAAAUGACAAAACUCACUCACAACAUAGUCACGCCUAUACAACCACAGAACAGGCGAAUCUGGACAACGGCGACUACUUGAUGAUGGUCAACAAUUGCGCCGAUCUUCUAAGUAAUUUUCGUAUGAAGCACAAAUUGGACGACUGUGAGAAUAACUCCUAGUGUAGUAGUAGCAACACUAGCAGCGAUUGAGAAUUUAGCGUUUAAUUAAAUACACAAAUAAAGUAAAGACGAGAAACCAAGCAAAGAGAAAUGAAUAACAAAUAUGCAACUGAACUAAUUAACACAGACAACUAACUAUACAUGAGACAGGAAAUGAAAAGCAAGCAGAUAUGUAAAGGAUAACGAUGAACGUGGAACUGAUAGCGUCUGAAUGUGUCAACUCCAUUUUGGAGAAUUACUAAUCAUUUAAUUAUCAAAUACCUAUAUGUAAUUAGCUAUAAUAAAAAUAGAAAUAAUAAUGUCAUUAGAAGUUGUAAGUGCAAAAAUGCAGCAUAUUCCCUGCUAUGUGCGCGACAAUGUAGUUGUAGCAAGACAAAAGCAACAAAUAUAAAUAAAAGCGAAAUUUUAGCUACAAACAAGUGCAAAAACGUAAUUAAAAGCUGAAAGAGCAAUGCGGAAGUGACUUCCUUAAAACAUAAAGCUUACAAACUAACUAAUUUUUCUUAACAAGCUGUUGUAUUCUGCCUUAUUUUACACACACAAAUACAUACAUAGCAAGUAACAUAUACACACACGAAUCCAAAACUAUCACCCUCAUUGCGAGAGUCGUGUCGGAUGCAAGUCGUUUUUCGAGAGUCGAAUCGUAUCG